CUGAAUUUUAUUUCUUUUCCCUUAUUUUGUACCCAAAAUUCGGCUCCACUCCAAAUAGCGCCUUCUCUCUCUCUCUCUUUCAUCCACUCCAUCCCUCCUUAUCUCUAAUAUUUUGGUGGUGUUGUUCGCCAUAAAUCAAAUAUAGUUCACCAACUGUGUGGCCUCAACUGCCAACCAGUUGCAUUUACCUUUUAAAACCGUCACCGUGCGUAACCCAUUUCAACCACCUCAUCUUAAUUCGGGUAUAGCCUUGUCCAACAUGUCGCCAUCUUCGGUUACGGCCAACUCAAUACAGCCAGAUUUUAUGCAAACGCUACAUCUUGAUCUCGACACUAAGCUAGACCUACAGCUGCAGUUACCUUCAAAUGAUAAGGAGCCUGCUCCUAAAAUCAGACUUCCGUCUUUUGGUCCUAAUGAUUUUGAGGCGCUGUCAAUGGAGUUUGUGGCUAAGAAGCCAGCCAGCAGUGGGAAUACCACUUCACCAAGCUCUCCUAUACCCAGCUCGAGUCCAUUGAAAGAAGUCGCGGCCACUUCUCCGCCAGUGAGCGACCCCUAUCUUUCAUCCAUUGUUGCGGCCGCCAAGCCCGCUGCAGUCGUCUCUGUUCAGGAACGAUCGCCACAAUGCAUGUGCGUCAAAUGCAAAGGAAAACCCAGUGGUCAACCUGUGCACUGCAAAGAACCAGUCGACUGUCCAUGUUACCGAUGCCAAAAACAACGUCGGAGAGCCCAAGUGAUGGGUAAAUCUCAGACUUUAGCUACUAUCAAGACCUCGAAGCCAGAGCCAGACGUUCCUGUACCAACUCGAACCAAAACCACUAUUGCACCAAAGUCUCCUCCAGCCGUCAAACCAGCCAUGGUCAAAUCCAACACCAUGCCCGCUCGCACCAUGAAUCUGCGAAAGAAUCCAAGUGUAUUAUCUUAUAAUAAGCAUCAUAGAAAGGACAUUAGCCCGUCCGACUCCAUUUAUGAUGGCAACAAGCAAUCCAGGCGAACCUCCAACCUGCUGUCGGAUGAUCAGUCCAUGACUUCACACACUACAAUUGAUUCUUACUGCUCUAAUGACGACAAGUAUGAAAUUUCAUGGAAGGAUGAAACGGCUGGUGAAGACAUUUUGGAACCUCUAAAAUGUUUCAUUGAUAUUUUUGAGACGAAGCCUGAUGAUACCCCUGAUGGUUUGUCAGAUUUAUUGGAAGAUGGAGCACGCCGAUUGAAAAUGGAGAAAGAAGCGGCUGCUCAAGAAGCCGAGCUGGCUCGGAAAAGGCAAUUGGAACAGCAGUUACCUCCUCGCCUAGAGGUUCUUACGCCUAGCUACCGACACGGUGCCCCUCACAGGUCAUUGACUCUAUACCAUUUAAUGAAGUGCAAGCAACGUAGCGAACGUUUGGCCGCAUACAGUAUAGCAUACAACAAUUGUAUCAAUGGCAAUAGCGGCUUAAAUGACUGGAUGAAGAAACAGAACGACAAAGGACUACCCACCUGCAUGACAGUGUAUACUCCACACCAGCAACAACAGAGGAAACCUAGCAAGAAAUCUUUGUUUCGCUCUCCUCUGAGAAACAACAGCGUUGCUAUUCGGUCACGGCCAAGUCGAGACCAGCAUUCAUUCAUGGAACACAGUAAUGGAUCCAUGUUCCUCAGUCCUUUUAAUGAAUCCACCACCCGAAUUUCUCAGGAUAGUAUGGGUGCAAGGCCAACCGAUGUGCUUAAAGCUGCUUCCGCAUUACUUCCCGGAAUGAACAAGCACCCUGACUUGAAUCGAUCACAAACCAGUUUGGGUAUAGCCAAGGCAUACAAUCACAUUGAUUUUCCUAGACGUCCAAGUGCCAAAAGCCAUACGGACAGCGAAUCUCCUUCCGUGUCACCUAAUUUGCACAUGAACUCUCAGGAUGAACAACCUGAAGAAGAAAAGAUAAACAUACGCCCACAACAAGAAAUAAAAUGGCCUGCAAGGUCAGCUUCCAUACCCAAUGAUGCCCUGGACGACUUGAGCAGUGUUCUACCUCAUGUUGAUCGGGCAACCCUUCAAACCUAUCUUGACCGAGCGGAUGGGGACUACAUGCAAGCAUUGGAUCUAUGCAAGCAGGCAGUGAAGAAUGGAGAACUGUGAAGUAGGCAUAAUUACUUUAUUACUUAUACUAUUCCUUUUUUUAAACAAUAUCCACCACCCCCUUUAAAAGAGAGCCUUAUCAUUCCUUUACAGCAGGCUUUACAUUAAAAUAAAACCAAUACAUGAAAGAAGA